AUGGGCGUCGCGGGAUCAACCGAGGCAAUCCAGGAUCUGGAUACUACUACUAGUAGUAUCUCUGCGCAGUCUGGGGAUCGGGGCAAGCAGACCCCAACUGAUCAUCUGACUGUGCAGAAUGGUGUGCACACUUCUGAUGGGAUGGGGCAGGCGAUGCCGGUGCAGGCUCCGGCAGAAGACCUGGAGCCACCUACCAAGCGGAUUCGGACAUCUCGUGCCGCCCUUGCUCGAAUUCAGCCGUCGACCUCGAUAGAAGACCAGAAAGAUACAUCUCAUCUGGGUGCAAUGCCGCUGACACCCAUCUUCAACAUCAUGCAUGGAAUCAACAACACGCAUGGAGAAAUAUCUGGGAGCAGCAGUACUCCCAUCGAGUCUGCCGUGUCCAUGUCCCUUACCUCGUCAUACGAACCCUUAAAAUCGCUUUCUCCACCCACUACUCCCGGUCGAUCUACCUCUACCCCGGCCCACACUGCAGGUGUGAGUGUGCUGGAUAGCGACAAGAUCGAUUUGUCCAAAGUUCGACCGCGAUCCUCCAUCCCAUCACGACUUCCCCCAUACGUCUACGGUCAACAAUGUGUUGCCGCCGCAUAUGCAUCUCGGCUCGAUCCGUAUGCAUUGCACAGGAAGGAGCAGGAAGCACUGCAAGACCAACUCUGCCACGUGCACGUCACCAUCUACCUAAACAUCCGAAACGGGAUUCUGCGACUGUGGACGGUGAAUCCAAUGGUUGGUGUCACCCGGGAGGAAGCUCUCGGGUGCGCAAAAGAAUAUCGAUGGAUGAACCUGGCCUCGUUCGCAUAUGAAUGGUUGUCACGAAACGGAUACAUCAACUUCGGCUGCGUCGAGAUCCCCAUGCCUGCAGUGACCUUCAAACGCGGUCGACGCAAAGAAGGCCCCACCAUCGUGGUAAUCGGUGCUGGUGUAGGAGGACUUGGCUGUGCACGACAGCUUGAAGGCCUCUUUCAUCACUAUCGAGAUACCGAUGUGGUCCCGCGUGUCAUUGUGCUAGAGGGCCGGCGACGAAUUGGUGGCCGAGUCUACUCGCACCCACUGAAGAGCCUCAGAUCCGAGAUGCUACCACCCGGACUCACACCCAAAGCAGAAAUGGGUGCACAGAUCAUUGUGGGGUUUGACCAUGGCAAUCCUCUGGACCAGAUCGUGCGUGGGCAGCUAGCGCUCCACUAUCACUUGCUACGAGACAUCUCGACGAUUUACGACGUCGAUGGUGAACCGGUCCACGAAGUACAAGAUGCCAGGGACGAAAGGCUGUACAACGACGUGCUAGACCGGACGGGUGCCUAUCGAAUCAAAUCACUCGUCACUCCCACCGCGGAAGGUGAUCGUGAGAUGAUCGAUAAUGGCCGUGAAUCGACAGUGGAUGAUGGCCUCACUGUACGACAAUACGAAGAGGCACGCGCCGCAGGAACGAUCGAUUUACUCGUCCCCACCAAAAAGGUUCGCCGACGUCGCGGUGUCGGGCACAAAACUGCAGACCUGCAGACAAAUAAUGAGGUCGCAGCAGAGUUGAGCCCUUCCAGGGAGCAUCCUGCUGCUCUCACUUGUCAGGCCACGGGAUGGAAACUGAAUCCUGGCUGCUCCUCCCAAGACACGAUUAACCUCGAUUACAUUGCCAGUGUUUCGAGGAAACAGACUCUCGGGGCCGUGAUGGACGAAGGAGUGAAGCAGUAUCAGCACAUGCUCCCGUUGACUCCCAAAGACCUUCGACUUCUGAAUUGGCAUUUCGCCAACCUCGAGUAUGCGAAUGCAGCCAAUGUCGCCAAGCUCAGCUUGUCGGGGUGGGACCAGGAUAUCGGUAACGAGUUCGAGGGCGAACACUCAACAGUCAUCGGAGGUUACCAACAACUGCCAUACGGACUGUAUUCUCUACCGACAAAGCUCGAUGUCCGCACCAACAAAAUUGUGCAGAGAAUCUCCUACGAUGCAACCGGCUCUGGAAAGAGAUCGGUGAUUCAUUGCAAGGACGGAGAAAAGUUCGUGGCAGACCAUGUCGUGUACAGCGGCUCCCUUGGCACUCUCAAGCAUAACACCGUUCAGUUCGACCCCCCUCUUCCCGAAUGGAAAACCGGAGCAAUCCGACGACUCGGCUUUGGUGUAAUGAACAAGGUCGUUCUCGUCUUCGACAAGCCUUUCUGGGACACGGAGCGCGACAUGUUCGGUCUUCUCCGAGAACCACCCAACCCCGACAGUCUCUUGCAAGAAGACUACGCUGCGAAUCGCGGCCGAUUCUAUCUUUUCUGGAACUGCCUCAAAACCACGGGGCUGCCAGUUUUGAUUGCCCUCAUGGCAGGCGAUGCCGCGCAUCAAGCGGAAGUGACACCAGAUGCUGAGACCAUCGCCGAGGUCACCGGCCAGCUACGCAAUGUCUUCAAACACACUGUCGUUCCCGACCCCCUCGAAACCAUCAUCACCCGUUGGGCUUCCGACCCAUUCACAAAGGGCAGCUACUCCUAUGUAGCUGCCGAGGCUCUGCCUAAAGACUACGAUCUGAUGGCGCGAUCAGUUGGCAACCUGCAUUUCGCAGGUGAAGCUACAUGCGGCACACAUCCCGCAACUGUCCACGGAGCCUACCUUUCCGGACUCCGUACAGCCUCAGAUAUCAUCGAGUCUGUUAUCGGGCCCAUCGAGGUCCCCACACCACUCGUCCCAGAGAAGCAAAGCAACACCCACUCUCCAAACGACCCAAACACAGCCGUCGAGUCGAAACCCGAACCCACCCCCAUACUCACCACUCCCUCCCGCGUCUCGACUGACAAACGCCGCCGCGAAGCCUACGACCAGGCAAUGUGGACAGCCAUCUAUGCCGAAAUCGGCCAGAUGCCUCCCCGUCCACCGAAAGCCGGUCUGAACCCCUUCCUCCUAUACCAGAAGGACUUUUGGGCGAAAUGUCGCGAUCAAUGCGACGAGUCCCGCCGUGCAUCGAGCAAGAACCCCGCCGCCAAAGCAGGCCGCGAUGAGAUUCGACAUGCGCUGGGCCAGAUGUGGCGCAAUGCUGCACCGGCCGAGAAACAGCCAUAUCUCGAGCAGGUCGAAACGAACCGGCGCACAAAUGAUGAGUCCUGGGAGGCGUGGAAGGUUGUUGCUCUGGAGUGGGAGCGAAGGUCAUACGAAGUGAAGGAUCAGUGGUGCGCCGCUAAUCCGUUUGACCAGUGGGAGGCACCUCCUGAGUAG